AUGUCCAUCCUCAACGUUUAUGUGACAAGCGAGAACAACUCGACCGAGCUCAGACUCUCCAAGGCCUCGACCAUCGACAACAUCAAGAUCAAGCUUGAACCGAUCACAGGAAUUAGUCCCUCGUUUCAACAGCUUCAGCUCCUCCAUGACGGGACAUUUGUCACGUCCCUCGAGGGCCAUGCCCCUGAGACCAUGCUGGGAGCCUUCCCUAUCGAAAACUACUGGACCAUCCAUGUCAUCGACACCAACCCGUCGCGUGUCAAAGGACAGUACAACGAUGUCUCCCUCGUAGAAAAGUUUGAAUUGGCUGACGAUGAGUACGAAAAGCGCUCAGACUCUGUGCUGGCAUUCAAGAAGCGCAACAACCUCGGUCGGUUCAACGACAAUACCUCAGACACUUCGUCGGUCGCCUCACAGAAUCGCGGCUUUGAGGAGGCUGCCAAGAACAUCAAGGUUGGCGAUCGCUGUGAGGUCGAUGUUGGAGGCGUUUCCCUCAAGCGACGUGGCACAGUUCGUUUCAUCGGACUGACCGAGUUCCAGACAGGGAUUUGGGUGGGUGUGCAGUAUGAUGAGCCAUUGGGCAAGAACGACGGCAGCAUGCAGGGCGUCCGUUACUUCACUUGUCCACCCAAGUAUGGAUCCUUUGUCCGCCCCGACAAGGUCCAAACUGGCGACUUUCCCGAGGAGGACCUCUUCUCUGACGAGGACAUGUAA